UUUUAUUCAUAUAAGAAGGUUUAGAGCAUAUACCACAAAUUUCAUUUCAGGAAAAUUGUAAUGGACAGUUACUUUCUAAAAAUCUUAUUUGCAGCGUUUGUGUGCCUUCUGCAUACCAAAGUACCCGUUCAUGGAUUCAACUCGCCAUUACAGAGUUCACAUUUGAAAUGCAUAGAGAGGGAGAGACAGGCACUCCUCACUUUCAAACAAAGUGUCCGAGAUUACCAUGGCAUGCUGUCCACGUGGAGGGAUGAUGAAAAUAACAGAGAUUGUUGCAAAUGGGAAGCCAUUGAAUGUAACAACGAAACUGGUCACAUAGAGAUGCUUGAUCUUCGUGGUGAUUCAACAUCGCAUUAUUUGUCAGGUUCAAUCAAUAUCACUUCGUUGUUUGAAUUGAAAAAUUUGGAAUAUUUGGAUCUCAGCUUUAAUGUUUUGUACGGAAGCCAAAUUCCAGUGUCCAUUGGCUCAUUUCAAAGGUUAAGAUAUCUCAAUCUAUCACGGUCAGGCCUUUCAGGGACAAUUCCUUAUGAACUACGAAAUCUGUCAAAAUUAGAGUAUCUUGAUCUUAAAAGUAAUGGUCUCGAUGGAGAAUUUCCUUCUCAAGUUGGAAAUCUCUCACAUUUAGGUUAUCUUGAUCUUUCAGGAAAUUGCUUUUCUGGUGCAAUCCCUCAUGAACUUGGAAAUUUGUCUCAUAUGAUGUAUCUCGAUCUUUCAGGAAAUUCACUUUCCGGAACACUCCCUUUCCAAGUCGGAAAUCUUCCGCUCUUGCGUUCUCUUAGACUUGAUGGCAGUUCCGGUCUUAAAAUAAAAGAUGAAAAUUGGUUAUCUUCUCUCUCAUCAUUAACAACUCUCAGUCUCCAUUCAUUUCCUUAUCUUGACUUCUCUCAUCCCUGGCUUCAAAUUAUCAGUGAGCAUCUUCCAAACUUACGAGAGUUGAGUCUAGUCAAAUGUGGUCUUUCAGAUUAUCAUAUUUCAUCUUUGUUUCCUUCUCAAUUCAACAUUUCCACUUCACUUUCCAUCCUUGAUCUCUCUAAUAAUAUACUAACGUCAUCAACAUUUCAGCUGUUGUCCAACUAUAGCCCUAAUCUCCAAGAGCUUCAUAUUUCUGACAAUAACAUUGUUUUGUCGUCUUCUCACUAUCCAAACUUUCCUUCUCUUGUGGACCUUGAUCUCACUACUAAUAAUCUAACUCAGGCAUCAAUACUUCAGUGGAAUUUCAACUUCAGCACCAAACUGCAAAAUCUUUACUUAGGAAAUUGCGGUCUCACUGAUAAAAAUUUUCUUGUGUCAUCUACUUCCAUUAAAGAUUCUCAUUAUCUUGUCACCCUUGAUCUCUCACUUAAUCUGUUGACAUCGGCUAUAUUUGACUGGGUUUUCAACUGCACCACGAAUCUACAAAGCCUUUACCUUAAUGAUAACUUGAUAGAAGGUCCCAUUCCAUAUGCAUUUGGGAAAGUAAUGAACUCUCUUGAAGUUCUCAGACUUGGCACCAACAAACUGAAAGGCGAGAUUCCAGCUUCGCUUGGGAACAUAUGCACAUUAAAGAUAUUAUACCUUAAUAGUAACAGUUUGAGUGGGAAAAUUUCUAGCUUCAUUCAGAAUUCCUCAAGCUGCAACAGCCCUGCAAUUGAGAAACUAGAUUUAUCUAAUAACUUGAUUUUUGGAAAACUACCUAAUAUUUCAGCGUUUAAAUCUGUGCGAUAUUUGUAUCUUUCCAACAAUCAGUUAACUGGAGAAAUACCAGAAAGCAUUGGGUUGCUUUAUAAGUUGCAGUUUCUUCGUCUUGAGGAAAAUUAUUUGGAGGGCGAUAUCAAUGAAUUGCAUCUCACAAAUUUGUCCCAAUUGGUAGACUUAGACUUAUCAGACACUCAUUGUCACUACGUUCGGUACUACUUGGUUCCGUCUUUCCAAUUAUUUAGCAUGACACUAGCUUCAUGCAAGUUGGGUCCAACCUUCCCAAGCUGGCUCCAAACUCAAAGUCAGCUAAUGUUCCUUGAUAUUUCGGAUGCGGGGAUUGAUGACUUUGUACCAGAUUGGUUUUGGAACAAGUUACAGUUUAUAAAUGAGAUCAAUAUGUCUUACAACAGUCUCAAAGGCUCGAUUCCAAAUUUAACGAUGGAGUUUCUCUCGGAUGGUCCAAAUGCAAUAAUUCUAAAUUCAAAUAAUCUUCAAGGUGUAAUUCCUACAUUUUUGUCACAAGCUCAAACGUUGGAUCUGUCAGGAAAUAAGUUUUCAGAUUUAAAUACAUUAUUGUGCAGAAAUAGAGUAACAAAAGGUAUGAUUACUUUGGAUUUAUCAAAUAAUCAAAUAACGGGACAACUGCCUGAGUGUUGAGUUCAUUAGCAUUUCUUGAUCUAAGAAAUAAUAAAUUAUCUGGAAAGAUUCCACAGUCCGUGGGUACUCUCGUUAACUUGCAGGCUUUGGUCCUACGAAACAACGAUUUUAUUGGAGAAGUACCACCCACAUUGAAGAACUGUUCAAACUUAGCUUUAUUAGACGUGAGUAAAAAUUUGUUGUCUGGUCCAGUACCUUUUUGGAUACGGGAAAAUAUGCAACAAUUGAAAAUCCUGAGCUUGCGAGUAAAUAAUUUCUUUGGAAGUAUUCCUGUACAACUCUGCUAUUUGAGUGAAAUUCAAGUCUUUGACCUCUCAAAGAAUAACUUGUCAGGUGAAAUACCAAAAUGUUUCAGAAAUUUUACCACAUUGAUGGAAAGGAGCGUAAUCCCGAGGGAAAGGACACGAAAAAUUUAGCCAGAAGAAUCUUAUGGAGAUAUUUAUGACUCUUACUUGUUGUUGGCGUGGAAAGGUCAGGAUCGUUGAGUUUUGGAAUCCAAGAAUCUUCUUAAGAGCAUUGACCUCUCAAGUAACAAUUUAACAGGUGAAGUACCCAAAGAGAUUGGAUAUUUACUUGGAUUGAUUUCUUUGAAUUUAUCAAGAAACAACUUUCGUGGUGAAAUUCCUACAGAGAUUGGGAAUUUAAGUUUGCUAGAGUUUCUGGACUUAUCAAGAAAUAAUUUGUCAGGCAGUAUUCCUUCCACUCUUUCCAACAUUGAUCGUCUUGGUGUGUUAGACUUAUCAAACAAUAAUUUGAGUGGAAGAAUCCCUUGGGGAAGACAGUUGCAAACCUUUGAUGGCUCUAGUUUUGAAGGAAAGUUAAUCUUUGUGGUAAGCAACUGAAUAAAGUUGUCCUGGAAACAAGACACAAAAUCCUAAAGAACCAGCCAUUGGUGGUGAAGAAGACAAUUCAAUGUUCUAUGGAGGAUUUUAUAUGAGCUUGGGAGUAGGAUUCUUUGUAGGCUUCUGGGGCUUGUUAGGGUCAAUACUAAUUUGGCAAUCCUGGAGAAUUGCUUAUAUGAGAUUCUUGAACAGACUCACAGACUACAUUCUUGUAAUGGUUUAACUUAAGAUUACCAAGUUCGAUAGGCAGCUCAAAGGAUAAAAGGUACGCUAUUCCAUUAAAUUCUUUCUUUGAACUUGCUAGUGAUUAUUUCUCUGUUUAUGUAGAAUGUACUUUUUUUAGAUAAUAAGAAUUCUA